GGGGCCAAGUAACUCCUUAAACCAAGGUUGCAGUUGCCAAAACAGAAUGUCUAGUUGCCAUUAUGUGCUUUGCCACCUGGGGCUCCCAGCGAUCAGCUUGCCCAGUGGUCAGGGCUGGUGGUAAUGGGAGCCCCAAGAAAGGAUAUGUGGACAGGACCACCUUGGGAGAAGCAAAUGUUUAAAAAAGCUGUGUCGCCCUUUUAAAAGGUGGGUCCCUGGGUCUUGUGCAAGGCAGUCUUUCUCCUUUGACCUUUGGACUGCCAAAUAGUUCCCUUUUGCCUAUGGGGUGGGCAGUGUGGGAAAGCGGCUGGCGAGGCGUCGCUGGAGCUGCGAGAGGAACGCCUGCGUGUCGGGCUGGCCGGCCGGCCGCUUAACCCUCCAACUUGCUUCCCAGUGCGUUCCCACGACCUUGCACUCCCAGCCGGCUGAGCCACGCGGAACUUUUUUUCUUACCAUGAAACCCCAUCCACUCUUUUUGACCAUCGCCUUGUUCCUCUUUGCCUUCCCCUUCUACAUGAUGGACGGCCUGGCCGUCCUGGACAACCCCUCGGCCAUCGCAGUGACUGCCUUCGGGAUCCUCUUAUUCCUGUUUGCUCUGGUUUACUCCGCAAGUGACUCUGAGGAUGCCCUCUUCUACGUGUUCGUUGUACUUUCCUUCGUGUCGGGAAUCAGCGCCGUCAUUGUUCUGGAAGAAGAUGGCUACAUAAGCAACUUCCUGGAAGGCUACACGAGACAGGGUGAGCCAUACCUAAGCACAGCUCACGGUAUGAUGAACUGCUAUUGGUCUGCCACCACCCACUUUGCCCUCCAGCUGGCCAUGAUUGCAGCCAUCACUCAAAGAAAGAGUUUCCGGAACUUUGGGCUCUACUGGGUCGGAUCCCUCACCAUGAACUUUGCCGUCUACCUGCUGGGGAAUGUGGUUGGGAAAUACGGUUCUGAGAUCCGUCCGGACUUCUUCCUCAACGUCCCUUUGCUCCUUGCCCUCAUCUGGGCUGCCUCCAGGAUCUAUGCCCAGCCCAAGACGUUGUCCCUCGAGACGGCCGAUAAGGUUUCGGAAGAGCAGCGCAAAAGCCUCCUGCAGCGCCCGCUGGACUUGGUCCUGGUGGGCUUCUUCCUUUUCGACAUCAGCUUCACUCUGUUCCGGGGACUGGUUGUUCUGGACUGCAAGGCGGACGUCUGCUUUGACUACAUCAACCAGCAGGAGCCGUACCUGCGCGACCCGGUGGCUUAUCCCAAAAUCCAGAUGCUCGUCUUCCUGUUCUAUGGCCUGCCAUAUUUCUGCCUCUGCCUUUACGGCUUGCUCACCCCGGGAAGCUUAUGGAUGCCCGACUGGGCCCUGAUCUCCGCUGGCGCCGUUGCCCAGGCUCAGUUCUCUCAUACUGGCUCUUCGCUCCACCAGCACACCCCGUUUCCUUACCGCACCCCCGAAAGUGCCUGGUGGCUGGUCACCCUUUUCAACCUUGCCUACGCUGUGGGGCCUCACCUUCUGGUGUACCGCUGCCUUUGCAAUCCGGCCUUCUUCUCCCCGGUGGUCUCGCAAGACGACAUCAAGAAGAAGCAAUGAGGCAGAGGAGCCGGGGGUCGCCUCCCUCCACUGUCCGGCUGCAAACCAGAUCGCAUUGUGCAAAGC